AUGGCUACAACCUCAGCCCAUUUACCCCUACCGAGGAGGAGCCCGGCCACAAACUACCAAGUGGGAGAUAAGGUCUGGCUAAGUCUGAAGAACAUCCGUACGGACCGACCCAGUAAGAAACUUGACUGGAAGAACGCCAAGUAUGAGGUUAUAGGCCUGGUGGGCAGUCAUGCUGUACGGCUGAAUACGCCCCCAGGGAUCCAUCCAGUCUUCCAUGUGGACCUGCUUCGGCUGGCUUCAUCAGAUCCACUUCCUUCCCAGAAGAAUGAUGAUAGCCAGCCCCCUAGCAUCAUGGUGAACGGUGAGGAAGAAUACAUGGUAGAGAAAAUCCUGGACGAACGUCGCAGGAGAUACGGGAGAGGUCACCGGCUGGAAUACCUAGUGAAAUGGUCAGGCUAUGCUCAGCCAACCUGGGAAGCUGCCACAGCUUUGGAGGAAGUACAAGCUCUGGAUGAGUGGCUGGAUCACCUUAGUGACUCGGCCAAGGCCUGCGCUGUCCUGAAGGCGGUGAGCCACCUACAAGACUUCCUUGCAACAACAAUCCUUCUUUCUCAUUUCUUCUUUAGCGAUUCCUUCUUGUACGUACGGCACGUCUAG